AUGAUUGCCAAACCCAACUGUUCUUCAACAGAUUUCUCUGCAUCAAGAUGCAUCCAAGAUCUAUUGUGCAACACAACUGUUGUGUUGAACCUUAGUGAGGUGGAAAUGGAAGAGUUUUGCCUCAACCAAGAUGAAUAUUUAGAGAAAUAUCUGGGGCCUAGACGUUCCCCAAUGUUUCUGCCUGUGUGCAUCACCUACCUGCUCAUCUUUUUGGUGGGAGCAGUGGGGAACAUUCUUACGUGCAUCGUUAUUGCUCGCAACAAGGUCAUGAGGACGCCCACCAACUUCUACCUGUUCAGUUUGGCGAUUUCAGACCUGCUGGUGCUUCUUCUGGGAAUGCCUUUGGAGCUCUACGAAAUGUGGAGUAACUAUCCAUUUCUUUUCGGCAAAGGUGGCUGCUACUUCAAGACCUUCCUCUUUGAGACCGUUUGCUUCGCCUCCAUCCUGAAUGUAACAGCACUGAGCGUGGAGCGCUACAUAGCUGUGGUCCAUCCGCUCAGGGCCAAAUACGUAGUUACGCGCACUCACGCCAAACGGGUAAUCUUGAGCGUGUGGAGCGUGUCUAUUUUGUGCGCCAUUCCCAACACCAGCCUCCACGGCAUUUUCACCCUCCCUCUUCCCAAAGGGAAAGGAUUAGGUGCCAUGUCUACCUCCGCCACCUGCAUGCUGGUCAAGCCACGCUGGAUGUACAACCUGAUCAUCCAAAUCACCACUCUGCUGUUUUUCCUCCUGCCCAUGUUGACCAUCAGCGUGCUGUAUUUGCUCAUCGGCAUGCAGCUAAAACGCGAAAAGAUGUUGCAGGUCCUGGAGGCAAAAGCCAGUCUGGGACAAGACAGCUCCUCUAAUGUGCGCAGUCAGCAGCAAAAAACACGUCGCCAGCAGGUCACUAAAAUGUUGUUUGUACUAGUGGUCAUGUUUGGCAUCUGUUGGGCUCCGUUCCACACCGAUCGACUCAUGUGGAGUUUCAUGGACCAGAAGAGCAGUGAGCACAUGAAGAUUUUCCAGAUCUAUGAAUACGUCCAUGUCAUCUCUGGGGUCUUCUUCUAUCUGAGCUCAGCAAUUAAUCCGAUUCUCUACAACCUCAUGUCCACCCGCUUCAGGGAGAUGUUUAAAGAGGUGAUGUGUCACCACAAAUGGCAUCCCGUCCCAAGAAAACGCUCUCUGAGCAUGACAAGGGUUACUGUACGCAGCACCCUGAGUGAUGUCCCACCCUGCAAUGGCACUGUAACUACUGAAGGAGAAGAUUAUGAUAUAGACGAAUGCCAGGAAAAUAAGACCAGCUUCUCCUAAGAAAUGAACUUGUCAUUGAUUGUCUGUGCUUGA